UGAGCACCAAAAAUAUAUGUGCUAAUUUUAAAAUGAUAUCAUAAUGAACUUGUGUUAAAAGCUACAAACAGAUAUGGAAAUGAGUAAAUACAUAAAUAAAUAGACAGUUCAUAGAGAGAUAGAUGUCUGCUGUCAACCCAUAGACAAGAUGGCAGCCAGUGAGCCAAAGGGCCAAAUCAAGAACCAGGCCAGAUUGCAGCCCCUGUCCAACCCAGAGCAGGACCUGACUAAGACCUUCAAGCUGCUCCACUCUGCCUCUGAUGACUGGUGAGCAUUCACUGUAGACAAGACCAAUGGAGCUAGGCUAAAGGAAGCACAGUGUAGUGUCCUUGGAAAUGUCUAUUUGAGCUACAGAGCGUAGAAACUUCUGAAUUUAAGAGACCAGAGUCCUAAUUGAUGAACAUCAUUAUAAGAUUUUUGGAAAAUGUUGUGGAAAAUGCUUACGUUUCUUUCACUAAAUUGCAGGGAGAAGAAGAUCGAGGGCUUGACCUCUCUCCGUGUGAUGGCUCAGAACCACAUGGACAUACUGAUGCCUAAACUCCAUGAUAUCUGCCUUGCCAUUAUAAAUGAGGUGAAGAACCUGCGCUCUGCAGUGUCCUGUGCUGCCAUGGCCACACUGGGUGACAUGUACGUACACCUCCAGAGGGCCAUGGACAGUGAGGUGGAGGGGACUGCUCCACAAAGCCAGCGAGGCCAACGCCUUCAUCCGGCUGGGGCGCCAACAUUGCCCUGGGUCACAUGGUGCAGAGCUGCACCCCUACCCGUGUCAUGAAUGCCCUGCUGGUCGGUGGGCUGAGGUAAAGAGGGAGAGGGGUCAAUUAACACUCACUAAGGGGUAGAUCCGGACUUCCACGAAUUAUCCCAUUAUCCAAUCCUCAAAAUUGAGAAGAUUGAAAUACUGCUAUUUUUUAAUUAACUGCCUUUUUCAUCAGCAUGCAAGGUUAUUCCACAACACUUCCUGCAGCA